AUGGGAUUGCUGGUUGACGUACCUAAAGUUGGCUAUGGAAACACGAAUGAUGGAAUCACGUCUCGUAGAUUUUUUGGUGACGUGAAUGAAGCAGCUGCCAUUACAGGGAUAGAUUUAGAACUAAUUCUCCGAUUUAAAAUAAUAUUGGAGGUGAUAUCUUCGGGUUUCGACAUAAAUGUGGAGCAAUUUGGCAUGUAUACCAUGGAUACUGCGAAGUAUUAUGUAAAUUUGUAUGCCUGGCAACCUAUGUCACCAACAGUCCACAAGAUACUAGUUCAUGUUCCGAGUAUUAUAUCGCAUGCCUUGUUACCAAUCGGUCAGUUGUCCGAAGAGGCCGCAGAAGCCAGAAAAAAGCAUUUUCGGCAGUACAGAGAAAAAUUCACCAGAAAAAUUUCCAGAAAGGAUUGUAAUGAAGACGUUUUAAAUAGACUCUUGUUAACUUCUGAUCCAUAUUUGAGUAGCGUUAGAUCAUCUAACAUGAAGAGAAAAAGGCAAACGAUAUCGAAGGAAGCCAUAAAAUUUUUAAAAUCUUUUUGUUUUGAAGAUAGUGAUACUGAUGACAAAAAAAAACAUAUUGCUUUUCCGAGUCAGGUUGAAGCAUUAACCUUUCAGUUGACAACUGAUUAUGCUAGCCGAUUGCGCCUCGGAUGCUUCGCAUUAUAUGAGUUGUUAAACGGAUUAGCUUUAGAGGUUGCAGGUGGAACGUUUAAGGAUGGAUUAAUAAUUUUUAAAACUCUUUUAGGUUCCAUGAGUAACAUAGAUGAAGGAUCAUACCGCUGUCCAGAUGGAUCAUCUCCAAUCAUUAGACAUAAAAAAAUAUCUGGGGUGUUAGGAGCAGCAUCCAGUGUCACUUCUAUACAAGUGGCUAACCUUUUACGACUUUUCAAAAUACCACAGGUCAGUUUUUUCUCUACAAGCCCAGAACUCAGCAAUAAGAACAGAUUUGAGUACUUCUUACGCACAGUGCCAUCUGAUACAAAUCAAGCUGACGCAAUGGUACAGAUAAUCCAGCGCUUAAAUUGGACUUAUAUAUCUAUAUUAUAUGAAGAGUCGACGUACGGAAUCCAGGCAUUUACGGUAUUAGAGGAACUUCUGCUAAGAAAAAACAUCUGUUUAGCAGUUAAGGAAAGACUAACAAAAGAUUCCGGCGUUGCGGGAGAGUCAUACUACGACAAUAUUGUCAAAAGACUGAUGGCGAAGCCAAAUGCUAGAGGUGUCAUAAUAUUUGGAUCAGAUCAAGAAGUUGCUGGAGUUAUGCGUGCAGUUCGUCGUAAUAACGCAACUGGGACGUUCACAUGGAUUGGAAGCGAUGGCUGGAGUGCAAGGUCACUAGUUUUUGAAGGAAAUGAAGACCAAGUGGAAGGAACUCUUUCAGUGCAACCACAGGCGCAUCCUGUCGAUGGCUUUGACGACUAUUUCAAACGACUCACUGUACAAAACAACCAAAGAAAUCCCUGGUUUACUGAAUUCUGGGAACAUUUCUUUAGCUGCAAAUGGCCAGGAAGUGCAGUGACUCCAUAUAACCAGAGGCAUAAUAACUGCACGGGUAAGGAAAUCAUUUCAAGUGAGACUGGUUAUGAGCCGGAGAGGCAGUUGCAAUUCGUGAGUGACUCAGUGCUGUCCUUUGCUUAUGCACUGAAAACAAUGCACAAAGAUUUAUGCGGAGGAAGAUUUGGACUGUGUCAAAAGAUGAAACCCAUUGAUGGAUACACAUUAUUAAGCUACCUAAAGAACGUGUCUUUUCGAGGUUUAAGUGGUGAUGAAUUUCAGUUUUCUGAGAAAGGUGAUGGCCCAGCCCGUUACAACAUAAUUCAUUUUAAGCAAGUCGCUUCAGGAUUGUACAAAUGGGUUCGAGUUGGUAGAUAUGAAGAUGGAGAACUAGAGCUCAACUUUACUGAUAUUCAGUUUCGUCUUGAUGAGCCAGAAAUGCCAACGUCAGUGUGCAGUUUACCUUGUAGUAUGGGUGAAGCAAAAAAGUUUGUAGAAGGCGAAGAGUGCUGCUGGCACUGCUUGAAAUGCAGCAAGUAUCAAGUCCUUAAGACGGAAACGGUGUGCUUUGAAUGUCCAUUUGGAUAUCGUCCUAAUGAAGAUCAUACUGAAUGUGAGGAAAUUCCUCUUCGAUUUAUGCGGAUUAAUAGUGGAUGGGCAAUUGGUGCCAUGUCAUUUUCGAGUGUAGGAAUACUUUCAACAAUUUUCACUAUAUUAGUUUUUAUUAAACAUAACAACACGCCUGUGGUAAAAGCAUCAGGAAGAGAACUCAGUUAUGUUUUACUAGUAGGCAUUUUGAUGUGCUACAGCAUGACUUUUAUACUAGUUCAGGAACCAACGGAUGUUCUUUGCGGUGCUCAACAAAUUGGAAUCAGUUUAUGCUUUACAAUAAUUUAUAGUGCUCUGCUUACUAAAACUAAUAGAAUAGCUCGCAUUUUCAAAGCAGGCGCCCGAAGUGCCAAACGACCUAGUUUCAUUAGCCCAAAAUCUCAGUUGUUCAUUUGUGGAUGUAUAACUAUGGUACAACUGAUCAUUUCCGCAACGUGGCUAAGUUUCAUGCCACCCAGUGCAAUCCAUUAUUAUCGUACCAGAGAUGAAAAUCAUUUAGUUUGUGCAGCUUCCGUUGACGCUACCUACAUGGUAGCUUUUGCAUAUCCAAUGCUUCUCAUUAUUAUUUGUACCGUGUAUGCUGUGUUGACAAGAAAAAUUCCAGAAGCAUUUAAUGAAUCCAAAUUCAUAGGUUUUACUAUGUAUACAACAUGCAUCAUUUGGCUUGCUUUCAUUCCCAUUUACUUCACGACAUCUGCUCAUGCUGAAAUCAAUGUGUUCAUGAUGUCUGCAACGGUGAGUUUAAGUGCUACUGUGACACUGAUCUGCUUGUUCUCGAACAAAAUCUACAUCAUUCUCAUUCAUCCAGAGAAGAAUGUAAGGCAGUCCCUGAUGAACACAGAUCGAUAUAAUAACCCCACAACAUCAUCAACCAGGAUAGAACCAGGUACAGUAGAUGAAUCAGGCAUGGCUAUUCAACAAAGCAGAAUGCAAUCCACCCUAACAGUCAAUAUGACUCAAUGCCGAAAUUGCGGGACUCAAACUACAAACAGAUUUCUUCCGAAUAACAUGAAUAAUAGCGGCGAAGAAAACCAUACACCAAAAAUUGCCAGAUGUUCCAGCUGUUCUAUCAUUGGCAAAGUACCUAAGAACCAAAAUGAUGUCCAACUCUGA